CUCGGCAUCAAUUUCAUAACCUUGAGAGUUGAGACCAAUCUAAUAUAAGAAUCUUUGGAUUAUUGUGUAGAGUAGAGGUAUCCAGUAUCCACCUUUAACUUAUGUGGCAUAAGAUUUCUUAAUUAAGUACCUUGCAAUGGCUACGUUGGAAAAGUAAAUUUUGGAAUAUGAGCAUACCAUAUGAAAUUGAUGAUUGCAAUGUCGAUAUUCCAACACCAUUCGCGCGAUGGCCUCCUCCACCACUACAACAAAAAAGAAAAAAAAAAGGAGACAAAGUUAAUGCCGAAUUGGGGAAGCAGAAGUUCAAGACGAAGGUGAUCAAGAAGUCUUUGGAACCAAGGUGGGAUGAAGAGUUCAAUUUUUGUGUUGAUGACCUUAAAGAGAAGCUGGUCAUUUCUGUCAUGGAUGAAGAUAAAUUCUUCAAUGAUGACGUGGUUGGGAAGAUUAAGGUGCCAGUUUCAUCUGUUUUUGAAGAACCAUCUAAAUCUCUUGGCCAUGUUUGGCACUCUCUCAAACCCAAAAACAUGAAAUCCAAAAAGAAGGAAUGUGGUGACAUUCUUGUGAGCAUAUACUUUUGCCAAAAUAAUCCAUCUGAUGGUAACGGCGAUCAAAUAGCACUACGAAGGAAACUUUCUGAUGCAACGACUGAAUCGUUUUCAUCUUCUUUUCGACGUUCAAACUCAUCUUCGCCAGUUAGGGAAGAAAGUACAGUGUCUAAGGAUGAGAAACUUGCUCCACAAAAAACAUUUGCUGGCCGACUUGCCCAAAUUUUCAGUAGUAAAGUUUCCGAGCUGCCUGUACAAUCUUCUUUGAAUAAAAGCAUUGACUUGGACCUAUCUGAAACUAGCAAAACUGAAGAAGGUGAAAUCAAGACUGAGGAUCAGACGACCUCUAAUGAAACUUUUGAAGAAUGUAUGAAGAAAAUUCAAUCGGCAGAUCAAGGAAAUGAAGUUCCUAGCAAUUUAUCAGGAGGGGUGCUUAUAGAUCAAUUGUAUAACAUUGCACCAGAAGACUUGAAUGCAUUACUAUUUGCACCUGAUUCCAGUUUUGCAAAGUCAUUUGCAGAUUCACAGGGCACUACAGAACUGCAAAUAGGACCUUGGAAGUUAGAGGAUGGUGGGGAGAGAUUAAAAAGAUCUCUUUCUUACCUCAAAGCUGCCACUAAGUUACUUAAGGCUGUCAAAGGCUAUGAGGAUCAAACAUAUUUAAAAGCUGAUGGGAAGAGGUUUGCUGUUUUUGCCUGUGUCAGCACCCCAGAUGUUAUGUAUGGGAGCACCUUUAAGGUUGAAAUACUCUAUGUGAUCACACCAGGGCCAGAGUUGCAAUCAGGAGAACCGUGUUCCCGGUUGGAGAUAUCAUGGCGAUUGAAUUUUGUACAGAGCACCAUGAUGAAAGGAAUGAUAGAAAACGGUGCUCGUCAAGGUAUGAAGGAAAGCUUUGGUAAUUAUGCUUCCAUGUUAUCUCAGAUUGUUAAUCCUGUCGAUUCAAAGGACCUUGGUUCUGCUAAGGAACAAGAUUUGGCAUCGAUACAGCCGGAGCCGCAGUCAGAUUGGAAGCUGGCAGUGCAGUAUUUUGCUAACUUCACAGUUGUCUCAACACUCUUAAUGGGGUUGUACAUCAUUGUCCAUAUAAUUCUGGCUGAAUCUAGUACAAUUCAAGGGUUUGAGUUUUUUGGGCUUGACUUGCCAGAUUCAAUUGGCGAAUUUGUUGUUUCUGCUGCUUUAGCCCUUCAAGCUGAACGAGUGCUGGGUUUGAUCUCACGCUUCAUGCAGGCCAGAACACAAAUGGGUAGUGAUAAUGGAAUUAAAGCAUCGGGAGAUGGAUGGUUGCUAACUGUGGCCUUAAUUGAAGGAAGCAAUUUAGCUACUGUUAAUUCUAGUCGGAAAUGUGAUCCAUAUGUGGUGUUUACUUGCAACAACAAAACAAGAACCAGCUCAAUCAAGUUCAAGAAAUGUGAUCCUUUAUGGAAUGAAAUAUUUGAAUUCGAUGCUAUGGAUGAUCCUCCUUCUGUUUUGGAGGUGGACGUUUAUGAUUUUGAUGGACCAUUUGAUGAAGCCAUAUGUCUUGGACAUGCUGAAAUCAAUUUCCUGAAAACAAACAUCUCAGAUCUUGCAGACAUAUGGGUUCCUCUUGAUGGAAAGCUGGCUCUGGCAUGCCAAUCUAAGCUGCACUUAAGAAUUUACUUGGACAACACUAGAGGUGGAAAUGUUGUAAAACACUAUAUAAGUAAAAUGGAGAAAGAGGUGGGCAAAAAGAUUACUAUGCGGUCUCCUCAAACAAAUUCUGCAUUUCAAAAGCUCUUCAAGCUUCCACCUGAGGAAUUUCUUAUUAAUGACUUCACUUGUCACCUAAAAAGAAAAAUGCCCCUUCAGGGCCGUCUAUUUCUUUCGGCAAGAAUAAUUGGAUUUAAUGCAAAUUUGUUUGGAAACAAGACGAAAUUCUUUUUUCUUUGGGAGGACAUUGAAGACAUCCAGGUCAUUCCUCCUACGUUCGCAUCGAUGGGGAGUCCCUCAAUUGCCAUAACUCUUCGGCCGGGCAAAGGUUUGGAUGCUAGGCAUGGUGCAAAAAUGCAAGAUGAACAAGGCAGACUGAAGUUUCAUUUCCAAUCCUUUGUGUCUUUCAAUGUUGCAAACAGGACUAUAAUGGCCCUCUGGAAGGCAAGAGCCUUGACUCCUGAACAGAAGGUCCAGUUAGUUGAAGAAGACUCUGAAACAAAAAACUAUAAUGGUGAAGAGAAUGGCUCAUAUAUUGGCCUUGAAGAUGUUAUCUUGUCUGAGGUUUAUGCUUGUACCGUCACUGUUCCUGCCAGUUUCUUUAUGGAGCUAUUCAAGGGGGGUGAGUUGGAUCGCAUGUUCAUGGAAAAAUCUGGUUGUGUUGAAUAUUCUUAUACUCCUUGGGUAUCUGAGAUAGAUAGCAUCAGUGAGAGGUCAGUAUAUUACAAAUUCGAGAAGCGAAUUUCGAAAUAUAAAGUUGAAGUGACAAGUACACAGCAAAGAUCUCUUCUGAAUGGAAAUGUUUGGCUAUUGGAGGAGGUUAUGAACUUCCAUGGAGUUCCUCUUGCAGAUUAUUUCAAUCUGCACCUUCGCUAUCAAAUCGAUGAUCUACCACACAAUGCAAAAGCAUGUAAAGUGCAGGUAAUGUUUGGAAUUGAAUGGCUGAAAAGUACAAAACAUCAGAAAAGGAUCUUGAAGAACAUCACAAAACAUCUACAAGAACGGUUAAAGCUGACCUUCAAUCUAGUUGAGAAGGAGUAUUUGGUAAAACCACCAAGCAGUGAAUGAAUGAGUCUUACUAUAUCUGACCUUUGAACAAGUAGGGAAGCUAGCUGAUAUUAUUGCAGCAUUCAAAUAUGUGGUGCAUUGGAUUAAGAUCCAUGCUUGGGUGAUUAGCACACUUCACUAAUUUUCUGUGGAAUAAUCAAACCUGCUAGUGUACAUGGUGUAAAAAGCUGGUGAACUUAGAUUAGAACUUGGUGCAUGGUGCAUGGUGCAUACAUAUUACUCUUUUGCUAUUAAUAGCAGCAAUGAUGCUGGAAAUUAUUCUUUUUGCUGAUUAGCUUCCAAUAUUUACUCUUUCAGACAAAUUUGAGGAAGAGGAAAAUGCUCUAAUUGCUACUUCAAAACUCCAAAUGUAUAUGUUGUUAUGUGUUGUAACUGUGAAUUGUAGACAUGUUAUUUACAAGGGUCUUAGCGUGUAUAUAUGUAUGUAUGUAUCUCUAGUAUCAUACUGUAUGUAUGUUGUCUUUGAUUCCGAAAUGUUUACUCAGUAAUUAUUAAUGAUAAAAGUAUCUGAUAGGAAUGAUUCAUGAUUGUUGUAAAGUAAUUUUGUUCAUGUAUGAGGACCCACAUUUCCUUAUAUAUUUAACAUUUUAGAGACAUUCAUAAUUUCUAAUGACCCAGAUUCAUCCAUAAAGAAGCUCAAAGCCGGCUCAACAUUCAACGGCAAAUUUAGAUUGCGUUUAGAAGAGAGAUUCAGACUGAUUGCAACUGA